AUGCUACUGUAUGUAUUUUUAGCGCUGUCGGUAGCAUGGCUUUACCUGAAAUGGUCGAGAGUGAGACGUUACUGGGCGCGCCGCGGGGUGCCGCACGAGGAUCCGUAUCCGGUCCUAGGCAGCCUCACGUUCUUACAGAAGAUCAAUGUGGCGACAUGGAUGCGUCAGAUGUACGAUCGUUAUUCCAAGGAACCAUACUUCGGCAUCUGGCUGUUCUGGAGACCAGCCCUCGUGAUCAACUCGCCAGAGAUUGCCCGAAGGAUACUCGUCAAAGAUUUUGAUGCUUUUAAAAACAGACUGGUGGGAACAAACACUGGCAAAGGUGAUCCCAUCGGGGGACAGAAUAUAUUUACAUUAAAUGAUCCGUUGUGGAGUUCUGUCAGACGCCGACUGUCUCCUGUAUUCACAUCUUCGAAACUCAAGUUGUUGCAUCAUAUAUUCGCUAGCAAAUCGAAGGAAUUGGUGCAAAGAAUCAAAAAUGAUCUUAAUAAUAAUAAAGACAUAGAGCUCCGGCAUUUGUAUGCAGAUUACACGACAGAUGUUAUCGGUACGUCUUCGUUCGGAAUCCAAUGCGACACUCUAUUGAAAGGGGACAGCCCUUUGAGGUCUGUCACUAGAGUAUUUGAGAGAUUCAGCUUUUUGAGGGGUGUAGCGUGGUGCAGUAUCUUCUUCUUUCCGGAAACAGCAAAUACGUUCGGAUUCACAUUUUUCCCAAACUCAUCAGUUCAAUAUUUUAGAGAUAUCUAUAAGCAGAUGGUAUCUCAAAGAGGUGGUUACAAUUCUAAAGCAGAAGACAAAGAUUUGCUUGAUGCUUUGCGUCAGAUAAAAUAUGAAGCAGACAAAAAUAAUGAAGAUAUGAAAGAAGAUUUGUUGAUUGCACAAGCUGCUAUAUUCCUUCAGGCUGGUUUUCAUACUUCUGCUGCCGCUUUAACCUUUCUAAGUAACGAAUUAGCUUACAAGCCAGAAAUACAGGAAAAACUGUUUAAUGAAUUAUUACAAGCAAAACAAGCAUUUGGUGAUAAAGAUUUAGAUGCCAGUGUGUUCAGUGAAUUAGUCUACUUCAAUUGUGUUAUUAAAGAGACUUUAAGAAAGUAUCCUCCAAUGGGUUGGCUUGAUAGAAUCGCUGAUAAAGAUUACAAAAUCGAUGACAACCUCACCAUUGCCAAGGGAACAACUGUCUAUGUAAAUGCAAUGGGGAUGCAUCAUGAUCCUGAAUACUAUCCAGACCCUGACAAAUUUGACCCUGACAGAUUCCUCCCCGAAAACGAUGACGGCACCAGACCUUAUAUGCCCUUUGGUGAUGGACCUCGCAUAUGUAUAGGCCUGCGUUUUGCGCGGCGCACUAUUUGGUAUGGCGCCGCCGCGGUGUUGAUGAACUAUAAGAUUGUUCCAGUCUCCGGGACUCGAACGCCUGCGCGAUGUCAUGUUGACCACAGAGGACUACUGCUGUCACCUGGGGAAGAAACUAAUAUUAUAUUUGUACCUAGAGUAUAA